CUUUUGCAAAAGUAGAAACUGAGAGCAUCUUCAAUUAUUAACACUUGCAGAAGAGAGAGAGAGAAUGGGAGAAGAGUCAGAAGCUUUUGCCACGACGGCGCCGUUAGCUCCGGUGACCGGUCAGCGAAAAGUAAGGAACGACUUGGAGGAAACAUUACCUAAACCAUAUUUGGCAAGAGCACUAGUAGCUCCAGAUACAGAGAAUCCAAACGGAUCAGAAGGUCAUGACAGCAACGGCAUGAGUGUUAUGCAACAACAUGUUGCUUUCUUCGACCAAAACGGCGAUGGAAUCGUCUAUCCUUGGGAGUCUUAUGCAGGAUUCCGUGACCUCGGUUUCAACCCAAUCUCUUCUGUUUUUUGGAGCAUAAUCAUAAACUUAGCGUUUAGCUACGUUACACUUCCGAGUUGGUUGCCAUCACCAUUGUUGCCUGUUUACAUCGACAACAUACACAAAGCCAAGCAUGGGAGUGAUUCAAGCACCUAUGAUACCGAAGGAAGGUAUGUCCCGGUUAAUCUCGAGAACAUCUUUAGCAAAUAUGCGUUAACGGUUCCAAAUAAGUUAUCAUUAAAAGAGCUUUGGAACUUAACCGAGGGAAACCGAAUGGCAAUCGAUCCUUUUGGAUGGCUUGCGAAUAAAGUUGAAUGGCUACUAGUCUAUCUUCUUGCAAAGGAUGAAGAAGGCUUCGUGUCUAAAGAAGCUGUGAGAGGUGUCUUUGAUGCAAGUUUAUUUGAAUACUGUGCUAAAAAGAAUAAAGAAAAGGCCAAUUCUCGCAAGCAAGACUAAGCAGUUGUUUACCUUUUGUCUGUUAUAAGUAUGUAUCACUCAUGUAUUUGCAGCCUUGGUAUUAUCAAGUUCUCAAUCUUAGUUACGGAAAAAACAAGUGAACAAAAACUCUAUGGGGAUGAAAACGUUUGUUCUUGAAUAUAAUGUUGUGUAAAUUUGUUGAAUAAAUAAAAUUGAGAUUCUCAUCAA